CCCCAGUCUGUAUCUCACCCUUACGCCAGUGCUGUGUGUACUGGGUGCUUGAGUCAUCCUAUUGCUGUAUAAAUUCCUGAGUGUUGGAAAUCGGAGGAAUGGUUGAGAGUGUGUGUAACACACGUCUUAGAUCUUGUUUGUUCUGACCUUCUCCUCUGUAUAUCUAUCUAGGAUGCUUCAUCUGUGAUUUAGUUUAUUUCGUUUCCAAGGAUUAAGAAUAACCUGUGCACCUAUUUAAUUAACAGAACUAAAGCCUGCUGGACAGUGACAAGAUGUUGGCCCCAAGCAGCUUCCAGCCGAAAACCAUACUAGCAGCAGACACCAAGCUGCCACCACCCAUCCGCUCCCGCUACAGGAAGUUUGAUAUCUACCCCGAUGUCAAGACAUUCAAACUUAUUGACGACCAUGCCAUUGAGGUAUCAAAGCAAGACCAUCCCACAUUCCGUGACCUGAUCUAUCACCUGGUCUACAGCCCAAACUUCCAAGCUGAGCUUGACAAGGCCAGAGUUAUCUUCCGAUGGAUGACCUGCAGGAACAUGCACACUUUGACCUUCAGAGAUGUGCCCAAUCCUGCCAAGGGUUCCCCCGAGGAGGUACUCCUGUCCUUCAAAAACAAAAAGGGCACAUACGCCAGGAUCUUCGAGACCAUGUGUGGGUAUGCAGGCCUGUACUGUGCUGUACUGACUGGGUACGCCAAGGGACUGGACUAUCACCCUGGUGAUAAGUUCAAGGGGGCGGAGUAUAACCAUAGCUGGAAUGCUUGCUUCAUAGAUGGGAAUUGGUACCUUGUUGAUUCCCACUGGGCGACACGCUAUCUCAUCUCCGAGAGAAACAUUCAAGAAAAUUUGGUGUAUGAAUAUGACGACUUUUACUUCAUGACCGAUCCAGAACAGCUGAUCUACAGCCAUUGGGCACAGCGGGAACGCUGGCAACUUCUAUCCCAGAGCCUCACUCUGGCUCAGUUUGAGGACUUGCCUUUGGUAAAAUCCUACUUCUUCAAGUGUGGCAUGUUCUUCAUCUCACAUCAGAAGGGAGUUGUGCCGACACAGAAUGGUAAAAUCGCCAUCACCUGUGGAUUUGUAAAGCCGACAAAUUUCACCUACAAAAUCGUCAUGGCUGAAAAUGGAGAUGAAAUGUACAAUGGUCAAAAGCUGAAGAAUUAUGCACUACAGGAAACCCAGAACAACCAGGCCACCUUUGUCCUUCGAGCACCCAAGUCUGGUAGUUUUUACCUCACAAUCUUCGCACAGCUCCUGACAGGCGACAUCGGGGUAAAGAAUGUCUUCACUGCCUCAGCAGAAUAUAAGGUUAUUGCUGACUCAGCAGCUCACGAUGCCAGUCCUCUGCCUAACUGUUCAGACAGUAACUGGGGCCCGGGUGUACCCGUCAGUCAACUCGGCCUUAUCCCUAGCCAGACAGAUGCCGUCAUAUUGAGCUCUGAUGGGGAUGUUAACCUAAGCUUCAGAAAGACAAGACCGACCUACAUUCUGUGCAAACUGCGCCAUCCAGGUAUGCGCGAUGAAGAUCUGGAAAGAUGUAUUUCGGAAACUGAUUUGGGGGACGAGAUCCAAGUUCAGGCCACUUUGCCAAGACGAGGUGAAUAUGGCCUGGAAAUCUACGGGAAUGACCCUGCGAAGGACGGCGACACCUACACACACAUCUGUCAGUACUUUGUACACUACGCUCCACCAGAGGAACAAGCCACAGCGUUCUACCAGGAGGCCCCUCAAAGGCGUGUGGUCCCCAACGCACACCAGGCAACAAUUUCCUUUGUCAACCCCAACCAGCUUGCCCAGAAUGUGUCGGAUAUGAACAUGGGUCAGAAUGAGAUUGACCUUGACAGUUUGCCUGCCCCACCACCCGAGUUUCUACUACAACAACAGUUCCUGUACGGCACCGUCCCCGACAGUCGUCAGCAGGGUAACUAUCCCGGAAUGUCCCAAACCCAUGGUCAGGCCAAGCCUGGGGGUCAGGCUGCCUUCACCCCUGGUGCGGGCAAUGUUAUUCUACCCCCCACCCAGCAAAAGGCCGUCAUCAACAUUCCCCCCAGUCAGCCAAUCAUGGUUGAGAAGCGUUCGGUUGGUCAGGAGCCACCUUCAGCACCUCAGGAGUUUAAACUGAUCCCAGUCAAGUGUGAGACAGAGGAGGGGCCUCCUCCAGCCCCUGCAGCCAACGCCCAGAAGCCAAGUCUGGAGAACAUUGAUCGCCAGGUGUUACAUACUGUUGACGACCACGCCAUACAGGUAUCUAAGAGUGAACAUCCAACAUUUAGAGACCUUGUGUGGGAUUUGAUCUACUCCAAGAAUAUCACAAACGAGAUAGAAAAAGUCAGAGUGAUCUUCCGAUGGCUAGCCACCAAGAACCUGAAGGAGAUAGAUUUUAACAAUGUGGAGAAGGGAAGUCCGGAGGAGGUGUUGAUGGGCCUCAAGACUGGAAAGACAACGUAUGCCAUGGUGUUUGAUACGAUGUGCUGUUAUGCUGGUCUUCACUCCAAGAUCAUCAGCGGUUACGCCAAAGGAGCUGACUACCGCCCGGGACAGAAGUUUACGCCCGGCUCUAAUCAGCAUUCCUGGACGGCCGUCUACAUCUAUGGCACCUGGUGUUUACUCGAUGCUCAUUGGGCAGCGCGGCGUAUCAUUGGUAAACAGGCCCAGGUAGAAGAGUUCCACUACCAGCUUGACGAAUAUUUCUUCCUGCCUGACCCACAUCAGCUAAUCUACACUCACUUCCCUGAUGAUCCAAAAUGGCAGUUGCUUGAUAGGCCCGUCAGCCUGGAGGAAUUUGAGAACAUGCCACACAUGAAACCGCAGUUCUUCAAAUAUGGCCUGGAAUUUGUCAGUCACAGGACCGCCGUCAUUUAUGGCCGAGGAGAAAUGAAUGUGCGUCUGCGUUACCCAGCCCAUAAGCUUAUGGUGGCCUUCAACUUCACUAUUCAAUAUGAAAAUUCAGAUGAGGAGUUUCAGGGUGUCAAGUUAAAUAGAUACGGCAUGCACGAAAGCGUUGGUGGAAUCGGAUCAUUCCGUCUUCGUCUACCAGAGAGAGGCUCGUAUAUUUUAUACGUAUAUGCCAAGGAAGAUACCCCAGAGAACACAGACAAUGUUUAUGCGCAAGUGUGUGAAUACAAGAUUGUGCAGGAGGAUGUUGCAUGUCCUCCUCCCCAGCCUUUCCCUCCCUGUGCCACCCUUCAUUGGGGUCCUGGUUCUGCCUUCUUUAAAUAUGGUCUGGCCACGUAUCAACAAACCGCAAACAUCAUCACAAGAGAGGGCAAGGUCGAGCUACAGAUCCGUAUCCCCAAACAAAUGCAAUUUAUGGCCAAACUCAAGCACAUCAGUUAUGACGAUGCUGAAUUAGAUUGUUAUGUUAUGCACAGAAUUGUAGGUAAUACGGCCCACAUUACCUGCUCGGUCCCGUCACGUGGCGAGUACGGACUUGAAAUUUAUGGCAAUGAUCCGAGUAUGGAAGGUAAAACACUCUUCCAUCUUGCACAGUUUCUAGUAGAAUGCCACGAGGAUGUCAAAACUACGCCCCUCCCCAAACUACCACCUGGCUACCUGGGUGCCCAGAUUAAAUUCAGUGAGUUUGGACUAAACACCCUGAGCCAUCACGAUCCUGUCAUCCACCUAGAGAGCAAUUACAUUGAGAUCCAAUUUGCACUUGCGAAGGAAAUGCGUGUCACAGCUAACUUGAUUAGCGUUGACAAGGAAACGGACUUCCCAGAAUUUGUGUUCACCCAGACGCAGGGUUCUGUGAUCAGCUUCAUGGUCACCAUCCCAACCACUGGUUUCUAUAAGCUGCAACUGUACGCCAUCCCUGCAGAUGACCCGAGCCAGCAGCUGCCAGGCGUGUAUAAUUACCUCCUCAACUGUCAGGCUACUCCUAAGGCCGUUCAUCCCUUCCCCAAACAGUAUGCCCAGUGGAAAGAGGGUUGCUACAUGUGGCAGCCAAUACGCCUACAUAAGGAAAUGCUCGAGGGCCCAGAUCGCUCCACUAAAUUCCGUGUCUGCAUUCCACGCGCUGAGGCAGCAGCUAUGGUCGUGGAUUCAGACUGGACACACCUGACCAGCAACCAGCCAGGAAUAUGGGAAGGAGAUGUCAGUUUUAAGAAUCAUAGCAUGAAAAGUUGCAAGGUCACUUUGAAUGCAAAUUACGGAGGUGACCGCACCAAUUACGCUACGCUUUUAGAAUACAACAUUGAUGUAUAGACUCGCUUGUUCUACGCAUAGGAACGUACAGGAAGGACAUUAUAGAAAUCUACCUGAUGCAGAAACAUUCACACUCUGCUUGCUUGGUAAUCUUCAUCUGCCUUACUGUAUCACAUAUUAAAACUUUCACGUGUCUAGGAACAAAUUUCAGCUGUGACAUCUAACAAAGACAGGAAGACCACCAUAGUCGAGGUCAAGUGUUGUAAGAAGAGUUUGACUUAAUUUAACAAGUUUUAAGUAGAUUUCUACUUAACCUGAAAGAUCUUUUAAACAACAAACAGGACAUGCAAAGUGUGUGUAAAGGUGAAAAAAAGUCAUAUGAAAAAAACAAAAUCAGUGUUAACAAAGACAUUUAGAAAUGGACUGACUACCAGGUACUUUCUUAUAAGGAUAAAAAAUGGCAGUUUGUGAAAAAGUGCAAGAAGCUUGGUUAAUACAUAUGCAUGGAUUCGACUGUAAAGGAGCAAAAUUAUGUUUAGUGUAAUUGCAAUUGUGACGAAAUUACAAAUUUGAAGAUAAAGUAUAUUGAAGUGUCAUUCAUCAGCCAAUGAACAACCGUAGUGAACUUUCGAAUGUAAUCUGUACAUGUACUGUGAAGGUAAAUUUCCAUCUACAGAAAAAUAUCAUUGGUCACAAAAAAUUGUUUUGGUGCUUUUUUGCUUUUAAACAAACGUUUGAAAAUAAUUAGGUGAACAUUUCAUUGAUUGUUCUGAGAAUUUUCAAAUUUUCAAAUUUUUAAUUGUCUUCAAACAGUUAAACUGACCACUCCAACUUGUGUUAACAUUUUAGAUAUUUGUGGUUUCUCAUCAAUUUAAUGUUGACACUGGUUGUCGAUGACAUCUGAUGAAUUCAAUCCUUUUUUAUAAAAUACCUUUUUUUCCAUUGUCAGAAAAAAUGGAUUUUGGUUUGUAUUUACUUUAUCUAAAACCACAUACAAAAAAAUCUUCCUAAUUUCUAUCUUAAUAUUAAUUUGUACACAAAAACCAGAAAAAAAGGGUUGUUAAAUUUUUAAUGCAAAAUCAUUAUUGACAAUAUAUUUUCAAAGAAAAUAACUAUUUGAUGGACUUCUGGACCAUUUAAGUUUUGUUUGUAGAAGUUUCAGUUUGAAUGUGAUGAAUCUUGUGUAUUUGACUCCUGCCAUUAAUCUCGUUCUAGUGUACAAUUACACCAAGUGCUCAGAAGACAAAUAGCUAUACAUAUUUAUGUACUUGUAUUUUGUACUCGAUAAAUGUUGGUCGAUGGCUAAAAUCUUGGCAUUAUAGCUCAAACAUUGUUUUUUUUUUAUUAUUUUAUUAUCUCAAUAAUUUACUCCAUAAUAAAAAGAAAAUCAUAAAAUUGAAACAAAUUGGUUUCUAUUGUUAUUAAUGACAACUGCAGUGUAAUCUACCUACAUACUUAACCAGUAGGUAAUAUAAGUUCUAUAAUAUUUGCACAAAGGAUCAGGGUGUCAUAUUUGGCCAAUUAUAGUCCCUUCCUAAUAAGAAAACUCCCAGAAGGUAUAUCUAUACAUAUGUAUGACUACCAGUGUAUCUCCCAAUGGGUUAAACAGAUUUUUUUUUCAAAUAUAGCAAUUUAUGUUUGUCUGACCCAGCGGUGUCAUUACGCAAAAAUAAAUACUUUUCGAUAAGGGGCCGUAAAAACGACCAAAUAUGGCACCCAUCCUUUGUGACCUAAUAACUGUAGUGGGGGCAAUUCGGAAAAUAAGAAUAUUUGUGGAACCUCCCAAAAGGAAAGUUUCCUCUUGUAUUGGAGUCAAAUGAUUUGUUAGUAUAAUUAUGCUUGCUCAUAUGAUUUACUUUUUAUAUUGUUUGUUUAUGUUUUGUAGAAUGCUUUUAGGUUAAUGAUAUUGUAGAAAUCAGGAUGUGAAAUUGCUGAUCCUUUACUACAUUGCAUACUUGCCAACUCUCCCUAUUUAGGAAGGAGGCUCCCGAUUUUGGACCCUAAAAUUUAGUAUUUACAAUCAGUGAAUUUGCCAAACAGUUCCUAUAUUCUAAGAGCUAUUGAUUUCAUCUGAGAGAACAACACAAAUAAUGUCAUUUUCGAGGGUUAUUUUGUCUCACAGGGGUGUAUACCGUACACACCUCUAUUUAUGAAUGCAGAAUCUCCCCCAUGGGAAUUUUAAAAAAUUGGCAAGUAUGCAUUUUAAUGGUAAAAAUAUAUAUUCUCUGGAAAAAUAUCAUGUAAACAACCAUUUAUGACUCUGAUGUUGUUUGAUUACAGAUGUAAUUGAAAAGAAGGUCACACAGGUUUCCCAGAAAAGUUGUAUUGUUUUUAUUAUUUUUUUACAAUAUUUGUGCAAUUCUCUGAACACUCCAGUUUAUGCAUUUAAAUUACUUUGCUAAAAUGUAACGUACGGCUUUCCUUCUGAUUCCUGAAACAUGGGGAAUAUUAUUGGUCGUAAAUGCCAAUUUGGAAGUAUGAAAAUUUGAGAAACUCAAUUAACAUCAGUACUGCAGUUAGUACUUUAAAUUGUUUAAAUCAAAGCCUGACGCAUUCUUCAGGACCAAUUUCCUUUAAAAUACUAUUUUAAAUCGUGGCUGUUGAAUAUAAUACGAUUGAAUAUGUUAAUUUGUCUAUUUCAUCUUUCUUUCCCAUUACAGUGACACAAACCUUUCUUACUCCGUCUUGUUUUCUAUCCUGUCAAAGUUGUUUUGGAGUUAAUGAAGCAAUCAUAUUUAUAGGUGUAUGGUUUCUGUCAAGUACAGGAAACGCUGGGUGAAUAUUUAUGGACGUCCAUUACUAUUGUUCUAACACUUUGUGCCUCUUUGUAUUAUUCAUUAUACAUUUAAUAAUUUUAUUAAAAUUACUUUUAAGAAAUUUUAUUACAUAUUGACAACUUGUGCUGUCACUCUCUGAAGCCAGAAGUUGUAUCGUCGCGUCUUCGUGCUGAAAAAUACAAUGCAUGAAAAUGGUUUCAUGAAAAAAAGUGGAAUAGUUAAAGACUUGUUUAUAGCUGUUUUGACUUUGAACAUAUUUUCUUUAUUUAUGUAUAACUUUUCCACUGUACGUGUUGUACUGUCUCUGCUUUCUGCCAUCACACGAUACGUACCACUUUCUAGUUUAUAUGUGACUGUCGGCUGGUAAAGCUAGGUUUCUCGGAAAGCCGAAAAUCAAUAAUGUUAAUGUAGAAUCUGUUUGUUAUAAAUUAACUAUCAUGUAUUUCACAAUUCUGGCUCAAUGUUCAUUUCAUUGCUCUUAGUUUAACACAUCUAACCCCAGAUGACUUUAUAUUCUAAAAAGGGGGGUAACUCUUACCUUGUUUUUGUUCGAUGGUAUGACUUUUAACACCAAAUGCAUAACAAACACACACUAGUUUGCCUUUAUAUUAUAUUAUAUAUUCAUGUUAGAUAUUGUUCAAAUUCAAUUUUUAUGCUUUUUACUUAUAGUUGUUACACAAUGUAGAUUAUAAAUAAAGCUGUGCUUCUAAUA